GACGUCUUAAGGAUGCCCCACGCUGGGAUUUGGCUGAAGAAAGAAAAAACUCCAGAUGAAGCGACUGGGAUUCAUGUGACAUACCAUUAUCAAGAUGGCAUUUAUUAAAGAGGAAAGUAAAGACAUGAGAAUUGAAGAAACAUUCAGAGUCAAACAAGAAGUGACUGAGGAACAAACAGACCCAAUGCAGCUGAAAGAGGAGUGUGAAGUACUGAGUGAAAUGGAAGUGAAAGAACAGAAUGAGAAACAUCAUGAUUUCAUAACUGGAGAAAAAAUCAGUUGCCCACAGACUGAAAAGACUUCCUCACAACAAAGAGCUCAAAAUACUGAAAUUCGAAAUUAUUUAUCCUGCUUUCAGUGUGGAAAGAUUUUCAGUCAACAUGGAAACCUUAAGACCCACAUGAGAACUCACACUGGAGAGAAGCCUUACUCCUGCCAGCAGUGUGGAAAGAGUUUCACUCAAAAAGGUAACCUUAAGACCCACAUGAAGACUCACACAGAAGUCAGCUCUUUUAUCUGUCAUCAGUGUGGAAAACAUUUUAACAAAAAAGCAAACCUUCAAGUCCACAUGAGAGUUCACUCUGAAAAGACGUUUUUCAUCUGCCCUCAGUGUGGAAAACAAUUUAACAGAAUAGGAAACCUUAAUUCCCACAUGAGAAUUCACACUGGAGAAAAGCCUUACACAUGCCCUAAAUGUGGAUUAAGCUUCACUCAAAUAGGAAACCUUAACAGGCACAUGAGUAUUCAUACUGGAAUGAACCCUUUCAACUGCAAACUGUGUGGAAAAUAUUUUGUCCAAAAAGAGAGCCUUAAAAGCCACAUGAGAAUUCACACCGGAGAGAAGCCUUACACCUGCAAACAAUGUGGAAAGAGCUUUACACACAAACCAGCUCUCAAUGCCCACAUGCGAAUUCACACCGGAGAGAAGCCUUACUCUUGCAAGGAAUGUGGAAAGAGUUUCAAUCAAAAACAAAACCUUAGAGUCCACAUGAGAAUUCACAACGGAGAAGUCCCUUUUUCCUGCCAACAGUGUGGACAGUGUUUCACUCAAAAAGGAAACCUUAACCCCUUUGCGUGCAAACAUCGCUGACGGCCCCAGUUUAUUAUUGUUUCACUUUCACAGCACAUUAAACAUCACUGUCUUACUUCAUCUGGACAAACUGUGCAUCAAUGGAAAGUUUAAAGACUCAAGCUUCGAUAUUUGACCAAUAUUUUGAUAAAACAUUGUUGCAGUGACAGAUAUUUAGUGAUUUAUGUCAGGAGUGCAAAAUAAUAAAUCCGUAUUAUGCCACAUUUUGAAUAGAAAUUCACAACUCACUCAUAUUCAGUCACGUCAAGAGCGGUUUAUUUGUGUUCACAUAGACUCACUGAACAGCGUCAAUAAGGAUUUACAGACCAAAGAUGCAUAUCUGCGGAGAUAUAUGGAUAUAUUUACUGAUGUUUACUUCAUAUUUCUUCAGACAGAAUCGUCAUUUCUAUUCAUUUUCCACGGAUUUACGCGAUCAGAUGAUAAACAGCCUCUCCCAGCGAUCUCUGUGUGCGUGCAGUAGUCACAGCUCGUGCGGUGUGUGACUCAGACUCUGAUUGGGUCUUUCAAACAUCAAUCUUAGAGUUUCAUAUCUGGACACCGCCCCAUCGUGUCACAUGCUUCCUGCACACUUCCUGGUAGUUAUCUUGCCAAAACAACACUGAAACACCUCUGUACACACAAAAUAUCCGAAUAAUAAACCCGCGAUUACGAUAGUAAAGCUUGGUAUGAGAAUUUCUUGAGAUCUGGGGCGUUUUUAUAAAAAAAAUCGAAAAUGUACAUCGGAAAUGCUAACUUGUGCAGCGAUGAAAAAGGCAACAAAUAACAUAUUUUUACAACAGUAAACGACCAAAUUCCACCCCUGAUCGCUAAAGGAAGUUAUUAUAAACACUCGAUCGGGGUUUAAAGUGAGUUUUGAGUAAAAGUGUACUAAUAAUUUCAUAAAUUGUCAGAUGUAGCUUGAUGCUAACGUUAGCACCAAUGCUACUAAUAGCAGGUGCUUUUCUUCUUCAUAAUGCAUUUUUGUCUCAAUAAUUCACGUAAGGUCGUAAGAAAAUGUUUUGUUGUAUUUUUAUAGUAAGACUUUUGAUAAAUAAGGGCUAAAUGCAAAGAGAGACUGAAGUGAGAUCGCUGCUUUGUUGCUUUGUAAAGCCUGAAAAACCACAAUCAAGGCUAAUAAAGGUGGAAUAAAAACAAAAGAAUAAUGAUAAAAGAAUAAUGCGGAUAAUGUGUCAUAUUUGGCGGAGGUGUGAAAGAACCGUUUGGUGAGAACAAUACAAUCAUGAUUCGGGCAGUUUUCUACAGUGAAACAUACACAAAGAGCACAGGAAAGUUUACAUGUGAGAUCUUACAGAGAUGACAAGGGCCAUAAAUCAAUCUGAUUAGCCUUCUCUAAAAACACACAUGACAUGGCCUUAGAAAAUAUUUCAUAAAAUUCACAGUUUUACAGAUUCGAUUAUGAAAUUUUUUAUGAAGUCUUGGAAGACUUGUGGCCUUAGCUACACUGUGUUUUCAAACUCAUUUCCUACAUCAACAUUUU